AUGGUACCAUUAGGACCAGAAGCAUCACGACAUACAACAUUAGGGUUAUUAACGAAAGCGAAACGUUUUAUUAAGAAUUUAGAAGAUCGUGAACGUAAACAUUCAUUACAUAAAGAACAAUUAUCACGGGAACAACGUUAUCUUAAACGACGAUUAGAUCAAUUAACAUUAUCAACAACAGGUGGAACUGGUGGUGUAGUACACGUGAAUGGAUCACAUCAUCAUGUGAAUGGAUCACAACAACAGCAACAACAUUUAAUUACAAUAACAACAUCACCUAACAACAAUAACAAUAACAAUAAUAAUAAUGGUGUUGCAACAAUUACAAACAUGAUGAAUAAUUAUCAUCAUCAUCAAUCAUCAUUUAAUAAUAAUCAUCAUAAUCAUCAAUUAACAAUAACUGGAAUGGCAGCAUUAAAUCAUCAUCAUCAUUUAAGUAAUCAUAAUCAUCAUCAUCGUAGUAAAACAUCAUCAACAUCAUCGUCAGCAUCAUCGUUGACAACACAGCAUGUAUUAUCAGCAUUAUCAAAACGACGUUCGGUUAGUGAAUGUUCAUCGCAAUCAUCAACUUCUACCACAUCAUCGAAAUCAUCAACAUCAUCAACAUCAUCGAUUUUAAUGUGUUCAUCAGCGGCUGAACCAGAAUCUAUUUCUGAAUCAGAUGAAGUUGAUGUGAUUGGUUAUACAAGCAAUCAAAGUGACACAGAUGAUCAUUCAAGUGUACAAAGUGCGUCCAGUGAUAGUGGUGUUGCAAUGUCUACAUCACGUUUAACACUCUCUGAAGUAAUGGAAGUCAUGUAA